CUCUGGAACAUUUCCUUUGAAUAUGACUUCCAAAAACUACGAAAUUGAAGAAUACAAGGUACCUCUUCCGAUCUUAUGCCAAAAUGAUUCUUUCAGGAUAAAAACUUCUUUCAUAGAAGGAAUAACUGAGAAUGACAAGAUGGAAGAUAAAUCAAACAUUGACCUUAAUCACGUCUCGAUCGAUGCACUCGAAACUCAACAAGAAGAAUAUCCAAAAAAGAACAGACGGAAGUCAUUCUUUCAUUUACCCACGACCAAACUUUUCAAAUUCACUUGGUCUGUUGGCAAAGGGGAGCCUCAAAAUCGACUUUGGAGUACAGAUAUAGUGCGUCUGAUUGCUGCAAUAAGCCUUUUAACGUCGUCUGUAAUCGUGUAUACGUCGAGUGACUGGCAAUUUGCAAAUUCAUUGCUUUAUCCAAUUCGUUCACAAUGGGGGUUCAACAUUUUCUUUGUUCUGAUCGGAAGAGCUUUUGUAUCUGGAUGGGUCGUACCGCAAAAAUUAAAAGCAGAGCAAGAUAAGAUAGAUCCCGGUCUUUCACAGUCGGCUGUUUAUAGAAUGGGACAGUCUUUACUCCUUCGACCAUUCCGGUUCUUUUUACCGAUCAUCGUGGUACAGCUACUCCAGCGCAAGACAUGUCAAAGUGGCCCUGCGUUCUCAAACGGGUUCUCUUAUCUAUUCGAUCAAGGCUAUCGUGAUCAAUGGUGUACUCCAAAUUCCGCUAAUAGCUUGAUCACACGCAUUAUCAGCCUCUUUACCGAAAACAAUUCUUCAGUAUUGAUCUAUCAAACAGGUAUGCUUUAUCAAUCACCACUUCUUUUUCAAGCAUCAUUUUACGCACUUGGAAUUGCUUCCCUAACUGCCAUUUUUCGAACUUCAUCAAGAACAUUUUUAUUUAUCUUCUUGGCUCUCAUGAAUUGGACAACAUACACUUUUCUGUUUCCUGUCAUGCUUGGACUUCUGCUGGCGGACUUGCAAGAAUCCAAAGUGGCUAUCAGAUUAUUCAAAAAUAGUUCUUCGCCAAAAGUUUUAGGCUCGAAAAAGUCAUUCUUAGUCAUAUUAUGCAAUGCUGCCCUUUUGACUCUGUUGCUAUUUAUACCCGUUAUACGCGAUAAUUUGUCAGAUGGCUUCGACAAACUUCAAACAUUUUAUGGUGUCGCAAAUAAACCAGAAACAACGCAAGGCUACCAUUGGUUGCGUUUUAGUGAUUGUUUAUCGGCAGCAAUGCUCGUGUUUUUGGCAGAAUCUUUGCAGCCAGCCAAGGUGGGUGUCUGCACAAAGUCUUUGGCUAUUCUUGGUCGACAUCUUUCGGCUGGAUUAGUGGUAUUGCAUCCGAUUGUCAUUUACGGAAUCUUACCGCACUUAUUCAAAUCUUCUUUUGUCGAUAUCAAUGGACAUAAUACCACAUUGAUAUUCAAGCUAUGGGCAAGUACUUUAUUCAUCACAGUCGCAUUAGCGAUUCCAUUCAAGAUCUUUGUCGAAAUGGGCUCAUUGUUGAUUGGAAAAGCAUUGGUUGCUAGCUUUUUGCCUAAUAGCUUCUAGUAGUAUUCUAUCCAUAUCUACUUGUGUAUUACAGUCUCAAUAGAAUUUAUGAC